AUGAAUCAGAAGAUGAAAAGACUUUUCUUGAUCAUUUUCUCUUUGCUUCUCAUUUUCAAUUUUGCUCGGGGAUUCAACUUCGAAGAGUUGGAUUUAGUGAGCGAAGAGAGCUUAUCUAAGUUAUACGAGAAGUGGAUGGGGCACUACUCUAUCGUAAGGGGAACCGAUGAGAUGGAUCGUAGAUUGGAGAUUUUUAAAGAUAAUGUGAAGUACGUCCACGAUACCAUGACCGUACCCUACAACCUUAAGCUCAACAACUUCGCUGACUUGACCUUCGAAGAGUUUUUUGACAUGUACGGUAAUUGUUAUACUUGCGAUGGCGAGGAAACGUAUGAAAAUGUUUCAGGACGGUUCAUGCAUGAGAACACGGUAGAAGUAGAACUGCCGACGUCUGUUGAUUGGAGAAGGGAGGGAGCCGUCACUGGUGCCAAGUCUCAAGGAAAAUAUUGUCGCAGUUGCUGGGCAUUCUCUGUAGUUGCAGCCGUCGAGGGAAUCAACAAGAUCAUUAAUAAAAAAGAACUUGUCUCACUGUCGGAACAAGAACUUGUGGACUGUGACAGUAACAAUGACGGUUGUAAGCCAGAUUGGGGAGACGAAGGCUUCAUAAGGAUCGAGAAAGAUAUAGACAAUCCACAAGGGCGUUGUGGUAUCGCAAUGAACCCCUGUUAUGUUUUUAAUGUUCAGAAAGAUAAUGUGAUGAUUGAUGACUACAAGCGUGUUACCGAAGACAACGAAGCUGCGCUUGCAGCGGCUGUUGCAAUCCAACCAGUAUCUGUUGUAAUCGCGAUGGAUGAUAGAAGAUUUGUGCAAAAUACUGGGAUCCAUGCUCUGAUUGACGGUUAUCAGCUACGACUCCAAGUGACGACGACUGAUACUACGACUCCAAGUCCAGACUUUGUCUUCUGA